AUGCCGGCUACAAAACAUGCACUCUGCAUUUGGAUGAUUGUAGCAAAGUCCCCAUCCUGGUUUAAUACUGUUCUUGGGGAGAGUUACAAUGAAUGGAAGGCUGAGUUCUACCAACUUUACAAUUUGGAGUCAAUUGAGGAUUUUGAGCUGGGGUGGAGAGAUAUGGUUAAUUCCUUUGGACUCCAUACUAACAGGCAUAUAACCAAUUUGUUUGCCUUGCGAUCGCUAUGGGCAUUGCCAUAUUUGAGAAGCCAUUUCCUUGCUGGGAUGACUGCAACUGGCCAGUCAAAGCAAAUUAAUGCUUUCAUUCAACGGUUUUUAAGCGCACAAUCGCGGCUUCACACUUCGUUGUGUUUGCUUGUGGUUUUCCCACUCGAGCUUGCUACAGUUGCUGAUAAGCUAAUGAUUCUUUGUUGUGUUGCUUACUAUCCAUGUGAUACCCCCGUCCCGCUUUUCAUCGCCAUGAUAUCGCCUAUGGAUGUGGCUGUUGCCGUGGAUUUCAAAGAUCGAGCAGGAGAACAACAAAUGACGCAGCAGAACCUGCAAAACAUUUGCCUCAAGACAGGGGCCCCAAUGGAAUCUGAUGCAGCUCCAAUUCUCACACCUUUUGCAUUUUCUAAGCUCCAAGAGCAACUCGUUUUGGCUGCACUCUAUGCAUCAUUCCAGAUGGAGGAUGGCUUCCUUGAAGGCAUCAUAAGUUGCAGUUGCCAUCAAUUUGAGUUCUCUGGAAUCCUUUGCCGGCAUGCUCUUCGGGUCCUCUCCACCGGAAAUUGCUUUCAGAUUCCAGAAAGAUAUUUUCCCCUUCGUUGGCUCCGGAUCAGCAUCCCAUCCCCGAAGCUCCUUCAGAGUAGCACAAACGAUCAAGCAGAAAGAAUUCAACUGUUGCAGCAUAUGGUAUCAACUCUUGUCACAGAGUCAACAAAAUCUAAGGAACGUCUUGAUAUUCCAGUGGAGCAAGUGUCCAUUCCUCUAUCUCGGAUAAGAGAGCAGCCAGUGUUGUCAAAAGGUAUGAGAGACAUCUCCUCCAUGAACAGGAAUAACUUGGAACAGUUGCAUGCUUCAGAAUUCUCAUAA